AUGGCGACUGAACAGGCAAAGCCCGCUACUGAGGAAGCGAAGGUCGAUCUGUUUGAAGACGAUGAUGAGUUCGAGGAGUUCGAGAUUGGCCAAGAGUGGGAGGAAAAUGAAGAGGGGAAAGAAGUAAUUCAGCAAUGGGAGGAUGAUUGGGAUGACGAUGAUGUCAAUGAUGAUUUCUCGGUGCAGCUCAAGAGAGAAUUAGAGAGCAAUGCCGAUAAGAAAUGA